UUUCCUCUUCCGCAGAGCUGGGUGAAAAUGGCUGAAGUGGAUUUCGGGGAUAGUGAGCUCUUCGAGCAGCUCGAUGACUUGGCGCCGACGGCCCCGACGCACAUUCGCUUCACAAGCGACGAUGAAGACCGGGAGGAGAAGAGCCUGGUCGGCGGCCUGCCGGAUACGUCUGACGACUCCGUCCGGAGACUCGUGGAAGAGAAUAAAGAUUUGAGAAGAAAACUGAACAUCCUGACACGGCCAAGUGGCAUCACAGUUGAAGAUGUCAACACCGACGGGCCAGCUCUUCAAAUCUUUUAUGCCAACAACAUUAUUUCAAAGCUCUGUCGUCAAGAAAUUGAAGACUGCAUCUGGAAUGUGCUUUUAAAGCACCAGAAACCAGGCAAUGAAAAGAUCAACUCCAUCCAAAUGAAACCUCAGAAUUCAGCAUUUGCUAUGGAUGAAGAGCUGCAGAAGUCCUCCUCCACAACUGAAGCAUUUAAAGUGGUUGGAAGUGUGCUGUAUUUCACCACAUUCAGUAUUGAUAAACUCGGACAGCCUCUGGUGAACGAAAACCCCCAGUUGACUGACGCUUGGGACAUUCCAGCCUAUCACCAGUCAUUCAACCAAGUCGUUGGCACAGAUGGACUGGAAGUAGAGAUGAAAGACAAAAGAUCCAAAUCAAUGUGUUUCAACUGUGGGUUGAGUGGUCAUCAGCUGAGAGACUGUCCCAAGCCUAAAGACAUGGCUGUGAUAAAUGAGAGAAGAAAGGAGUUCAAUCACAGCAGCAACCAGACCAUGCAGAGUAACCAGCGGUACCAUGCUGAUGAAGUGGAGGAGAGGUUUGCUAAGUACAAGCCAGGAAUCAUGAGCGAGGAGCUGUUGAGAGCCAUGGGACUUGAUGCCAACACCCUCCCUCCUCUGAUUUAUCGCAUGAGGCAACUGGGCUACCCGCCAGGUUGGCUCAAAGAGGCAGAGACGGAGAACUCUGGCUUGGCAAUGUAUGAUGGAAAAAAUUCGAUUGAAGGUAAUUUUACGGAGAAUAGCAAUUCACAAAACAGCUCUUAUGAUGUUUCCAAGCUGGUUGAAUUCCCUGGCUUCAACGUACCGGCCUCUCACCACAUGAAAGAUGAGUUCAUGCAGUAUGGUUCAAUUCCAAUGCAGACCAACCACUUCAAACAAAACUAUGCAGCCUACCUGUCCAAAAACUUCCCUAAGCCUGGUGAUACAACCGGCAGCAAGAGACGGCAUGAGUCCGAGUCAUCUCCACACGAAAGGAAGAAGACCCGGUUCAGCCCUGACAGGAAGUCCGAUAGGAGCUCUGACAUGGAUAUUGAAUCGGACCCAGGAACGCCGUAUAAUCACAGCACAGGUGAUUUCCAGUUCCAACCUCCGCUACCUCCUGGCUCCCCUUGCUUCAGUUCACCACCUCCUCUACCCCGAGGUACUCCUCCUGCUACACCAACUCCCCCACCUCUCCCUAAAGGUACACCUCCUCCCACCCCAACUAAUGGCUCACCAGCUUUGCGGGGGCAAAAAUGGGUUGUCCUUGAUGACGUUGUAGACGAAACGGAGGAUGAAUUGACAUUGGAAGAACUGGAGGAACAGCAGAGGCUGAUCUGGGCUGCUCUUGAAAAUGCUGAUACUGGCACUAAUAGUGACUGUGAGACACCUGCAACGAGAACACAUGUACCCAGUGCACCAAGUGUGUCCACACCUCCUCAUGUCUGCACCAAAACGGAAGUAGAUGUGAUGGACACAACAAGCCCUGCAGAGAUCUGCCACAGCAGUAAAACUCCGAGGGAUCAGGAGAGAUGCUCUCGCAGUCCAAAACUAAUUGAAGCCCAAGAUGACAGCCCUCAGAGUCCUGGUCCAGUCGAAGCUCAAGAUGACAGCCCCCAGAGUCCUGGUCCAGUCGAAGCCCAAGAUGACAGCCCCCAGAGUCCUGGUCCAGUCGAAGCCCAAGAUGACAGCCCCCAGAGUCCUGGUCCAGUCGAAGCCCAAGAUGACAGCCCCCAGAGUCCUGGUCCAGUCGAAGCCCAAGAUGACAGCCCCCAGAGUCCUGGUCCAGUCGAAGCCCAAGAUGACAGCCCCCAGAGUCCUGGUCCAGUCGAAGCCCAAGAUGUUAGACCCCAAAUUUCUGAUCCAGUCAAAUGCGAUGAAGACAACCCGCAGAGCCCAGAGCGCAGAGAGAUGUGUUUGUCUAAUGACGAGAAGGUAGUCGCUGUUCCUCAUCGGAGCAAGUUUGCAGCUGGCAUUGUUCCAUUUGAAGAUACACCAGAGUUCACUGAGGUUGCUGAAGCUACAGGGACAUACCUAAGGAUCAGAGACUUGCUUAAAAGUUCCCCCCGAAGUUUGGGGAAGAAAAAAUAAAAAUGACAUACAUGGACAUUUUUAACAAAUGAAUGGACACAUGGACGUUUUCAUGGACAUCCACUCUAGCAUCAUUUUAGCGGUUUCUCAUUUUUUACCAAGUUGAAUAUCUGCUUUGUAUAUACGCGUUUUAUCUGUUGCCUACCACAACGGCAGGCAUUUAGGGAUGCUACAGUGAAGGUUUAUAGAUUUUGACCAACUAGUCCCUUUUUUCUUUUUUUGAAGCAUUUGUGGUACCUGUGCUGUUCAUUGGUGUAAAAGUUGUCAUUCCCUGACUUAAUGAUGUAUAAAUAUUGUUUUCUAUUUUUGUCUCGCUCAAAAUGCUCUGAGUAAAAAGUCUUCCCCUUG